AUGACUGUCUACGCUACUGAGUCCAUGAGCAAGGAGGACAUCGCCCCUACUCCAACUCCGUCGGCGAUCAAGGAGGAGGGUAAUGUCACAGUUGUCCUCGCCAAUGACGAGCUGGAAGGCGACGAGGGGCUCCACGAGCUUGGUUACUCGCAACAGCUUCAUCGUACGCGUGGAUUCAAGGAGACGCUGUUCAUGAGUUUGACUUGUAUGGCCGUCAACUAUGGAGCUGGUACAGCCUUGGCUACCUCCAUUAUCGGUGGAGGACCACUGACGAUGAUCUGGGGCGCUCUCAUUGUUACUUGUCUUCAGUGGACCGUAGCCUUCUCACUCGGCGAGCUGGCUUCUCGCUGGCCUACUGCUGCUGGUGCCUACUACUGGACGUAUCAGCUUGCGCCGAAGCGAUUCCGCAAGCUUCUGUCGUACAUCAACGGAUGGCUCCUCCUCACUGCUGUACUCCUCACGACCACCUCGGUCGCCUUCGGCAUGUCUCAGCACAUUGUAGCUACCGCCAACAUCGUCCAUCCUGAGUGGUCCCCACCACAGUGGGUGUACGUACUCAUCGCGUACGCCCUUCUCCUCGCGGCUUCGGUCCCCCUCCUCAUUGGUCCCAAGUGCCUACUUCUCCUCGAGCUUGCCAACACGUACAUCUCCUGGAUCUACUCGCUCGCGCACCUUAUCGUCCUUCCCGUCCGCGCUAAGGCCGGUCGCAACAGCGCAAAGUACGCCUUCACGCACUACGACCCCCAGUACUCCGGCUGGGGCUCUGGCUGGACCUUCUUCAUUGGUUUCCUGCCCGCUGCCUACUCGAACGCCGCGCCCGGCUUCGUCCUCGCCAUGACUGAGGAAGUCCACAACCCGGCCGUCACGGUGCCUCGUGCGGUGUCGUACACUAUGCUGCCGGCCUCACUCCUGAUCUCGUGGGCGUUCCUAAUCCCGCUCACGUUCACGAUGCCCUCGUCCGAGGUCCUCCUUGAAGCACCGAACGGGAUCAUGCUGCCCUGGGCGUACAAGCUUAUCAUCGGUAACGACAUUGGCGCGAUCUGCAUGAUGUGUGGCCUGUUCUACAUCGGUUUCAACUGUCUCGUCGGUAUCAAUGCGACCGCCUCGCGCCAGCUCUUCUCCUUCUCGCGCGACCAUGCCGUUCCCGGAUCUCGCAUCUGGUCCAAGGUGACCAAGGGCGGCAACGUGCCGCAGGCGAUCUGCCUCUGUCUCGUCAUCCAGGCCCUGCUCUGCCUCAUCGACCUGGGCAGCUCAACUGCCUUCAACUCCUUCGUCUCGACUGCUGUCAAUGCUUUCAUGGCCGCCUACGCUCUGCCCAUCCUCCUCUCGCUGCUUAACAAGCGCAAGCAGGUCAUGCAGGCGCCGUUCUCCCGCAAAACCGUCGGUCUCAUCUGCAACCUCAUCGUCAUGGUUUGGGCACCCUUCGCGCUCGUCGUCUUCUCCAUGCCCGUCGCCAUCCCGGUGCUCCCCGAGACGAUGAACUACUCUUCUGUCGUACUUGCAGGCUUCAUCACGAUCGCGUCCGUGUGGUACCUGAUCUACGCGAGGAGGGUAUACGAGGGUCCCCCCGAGAGCAUGUAG